CUCACUCUCUUUCUCUCUCCACUUUCUUCUUCUCUGAUAGUUUUAAGGAUAUCCAUUUUCUCUGCAAAACUUAGUAAAAACUCAGCGAGGAAACUGUUCUGUUCUUCGAAUCGAUCUUCUUCAAUCGAUUUCACUUUCGCGAGUUCGUGGUUUUCGCCUCGGGCAUUGCAAAGCAUGUUCAAAUUCGAUCUCCGGAUCUCUAAUUUUUUAGCUCAAUUGGCUCACUGAGCUUAGAAUUGAGUUUAGUUCAAAUUCAUUGCUAAUUUUAGUCAGUUUUUGUGUGUGUGUGUUUUUUUUUUUAAAUCGGCAUUAUAGAUCUGAGCAGAAAAAGAGGGAAAAACACAGGUGUAGUAGAAUCUAAGUAUGGGUUUAGAAGAUUACCAUGUGAUUGAGCUGGUAGGUGAAGGCUCUUUUGGGAAAGUAUACAAAGGAAGGCGAAAGUUCACCGGACAGACUGUUGCCAUGAAGUUUAUUAUGAAGCAAGGCAAAAGUGAGAAGGACAUCCAUAACUUGAGACAGGAAAUCGAGAUUCUGAGGAAGCUGAAGCAUGAAAAUAUUAUUGAAAUGCUUGACUCGUUUGAAAGCCCACAAGAGUUUUGUGUGGUCACAGAAUUUGCACAAGGUGAGCUAUUUGAGAUUCUUGAGGAUGACAAGUGCCUUCCAGAAGAACAAGUUCAAGCGAUUGCAAAGCAAUUGGUCAGGGCAUUGCAUUACUUGCAUUCCAACCGUAUUAUACAUCGUGACAUGAAGCCACAAAACAUCCUAAUUGGAGCUGGCUGUGUUGUUAAGCUCUGCGAUUUUGGGUUUGCUCGUGCAAUGUCCACAAAUACUGUUGUUUUGCGCUCCAUAAAAGGCACCCCUCUGUAUAUGGCCCCGGAGUUAGUCCGAGAGCAGCCCUACAAUCACACCGCUGAUUUAUGGUCUCUUGGAGUUAUAUUGUAUGAAUUAUUUGUUGGGCAGCCUCCAUUUUAUACAAAUUCAGUAUAUGCACUCAUCCGGCAUAUUGUUAAGGAUCCAGUCAAAUACCCAGAUGAUAUGAGUCCAAGUUUCAAGAGUUUUCUGAAGGGAUUGCUCAAUAAGGAUCCUCAAAAUCGACUGACGUGGCCUACACUUCUUGAACAUCCAUUUGUUAAAGAAACCUCCAAUGAGCUGGAGGCUCAGGAGAUACGUCCUCCAAUCCCUACAGCCAGAGGAUGUGAAGCGGCAUGGAAGGGUGUAGGCAAUGCCAUUCAAACUCCAAAUGGGUAUGGUGUUUCUCCAAGGGUUCAGAGUGGUGCUCAGCUAAACAAUCUUAGUACUGCUGAUGGAAAUUCUUCACCAAAUGAGGAGUUUUCAGGGCUUUCAAGUCCUAAUGAAUUUAAACCAUCAGGUAACCAGUCAUUGGACAGAUUAGAAAAUAGCUCCCGCACAGUUAAAGGUGCUCAAAUUAUUGGUCAAGAUAAUGAAGCAUUAACACUUGUUAUGCUGCCACUGAAGAAAUGGUCAAAAGGAUCCCAUGAUUCUUGCAGGGAUCAAGAUAUUCUCAAUUCAGGCCAGUCACUGAGAAUUGUUGCAAACCUAGCUGCAGCUGGUGCUAUUCAUUCUGGUGGACUGCGUGAUGAAAUAAUGUGUCAACUUCUUGAUUUCACUGCUGUCAUAGUUGGCUUGAAAUCAUCAGCAGUUAAUGACUUAAUAGCAAAGAGUUUUUCAAUUAUUAAAAUAUUGUUGACAGAGAACAGUGGUGGUGACAUUGCAAAUUCAUAUUUGAAGCACUGGUUUGCCAUAUCUGAUAUUUUCUCUCAGGUUGUAGGUAGCAAUGAAGAUGCCUCUGGGAAAGUUUUGUAUGAGUCUUGUUCUUGCAUCACAAUUGUAUUAUCUAGAGUAGCUAGAGAUCUUAAAACAUAUAGUCCAACUCCAAUUCCUCAGCCUGUUUCUUCUCCCCCUGCUGUGAAUGAAUCACUGAAACGAGUUUUGGACCAUGCUAAGGCAUCCCACCUAGUAGAUAAUCUAUGUCUAUGUUUAGCAACUUCAGGUUCAAGUCUCAAUUCAGGGUCUUCAAAUAUGCUACGUGUUGCUUGUGAAGCAUGCAAGGCUCUCUGGUCACUCAUAGAUGCUUUGGAAAUUCUUUUCAUGAAAGAGAAUGCUAUGUUAUUUCCUUUGGAUGCUAUCCGGAGUCAUUCUGUAGUCCGACUUGACAUCAGGGAUCAUGACAGAGGUCCACUGGCUGGGAUGGAAUCAGCAAAAGUUGUUGAAGCUGUGACUAGGGCAUUUCUUAGAUCCAAAGCCAUUCAGUUUGCUAUUAGCCAUUGCCUUCAUCAACGAGUAGAGUCUGCCUUAUCUGCCAUUGUUCAGCUAUUAUCCAGAUGCUGCCUUCUUAGUGGAAUCAUGCCGACUGUUCUUUGUGGCUUACCCAGCUCCCUGCCUGUUACUACUGUUGUUAGUGGUGGAGGAGAUGGCACUAUUGUCUCCGAGCUGUUCUCUAUAUUAUCUACAUGUUCAUCUUUAAAUAAAGAUGGACAAACAGAAGCACCUAACUUGAAGUGCAAAUUAAGCAAUCCUUCUGCCUUGAUUCUGCAUUCCUGCCUUCUCCUUGCAAUGGUUGCUCAAUCGUUGAAGUCUACUGGAAGAAAUUCUGCCUUAUUCAUGCUUACAACCUCCCAAAAGAAGCAAUUCUCUCGACUGUCAAUCCUUGCUCAUCAUUUUUCUUGUGAUGAUGGAAUUAAAGCUACAUUUCAACCUCAUUGCGCGUCAGCCAUGCUGGCCCUUGCGUCCAUAUUAUCUCUUGAAAAUGGCUCUUCGGUUGAGUCUUCUGUCUCUGAAAUUGCUGUUCCUCUGAUUCCUCGCACAGCUACCCUCUAUGAUCACCUUAAAAUUUCAUCAGCAUGUGAAAAUGUAGGCCCUAAUAACUCAAAUACUUCUCUCUCAUGCUGGCAUGGGCUUAAGGAUGGAUGCAUUGGCUUGUUAGAGUCCAGACUAAAGUGGGGAGGACCAUUAGCUGUCCAACAGUUGAUUGCAAGUGGCAUUCCUCAGCUUCUUGUUGAUUUAUUGGCCAACAACCAUUCAAAUGCAUCCCAUCAAGGAAUUGAUAAUGCAACUGGAGUUGGGUUAUCCCCUCCUGGAGUUGUAUGGAUGGUUUCAUCACUAUGUCAUUGCCUUUCAGGCGGAGUUGCAACUUUUCGUCAGAUCUUGGUUAGGAGUGAACAUGUGAAGCUCAUUUGCAGCUUGAUAUCUGAUGUUCAUCUCAAGCUUGUUAGGUCCUGGGUUGGGUUGGGUGGAGGAAAGGAUGGAGUCAGGGAUAUAGUAAAUGUAGUAGUUGAUCUCUUAGCAUUUCCUUUUGUUGCUGUACAGAAUGCUCCAGGUUUGCCAUCUGCCUCUGCUUCUGUAAGUAGUGGGUUCAUUCUCAACAUGGGUUCACCUGGUGGGAAAGUAUGCAUGGAAGACAAGGACAUGGCGAAAGCAAUUGAAGAAGACAUGGGGAAAUAUAUUAAAAUCCUCCUGGAGGUGGGAGUGCCUGGCAACAUUCUUCGAUGUCUGGAACACUUGGAAUUAAAGGAUUUGGGAAGGCCAGUUGCUUUUCUAGCCAAAAUGAUAGGACAUCGACCUCUUGCAGUUCAACUUGUUGGGAAAGGCUUGUUGGAUCCAAAUAGAGUGAAAAGGCUGUUUGAUACUUCGAGUCCAAGAGAAGUUACAUUGGAUGCUCUGAUGAUUGUUUCUGAUCUAGCUCGCAUGGAUAAGGGAUUUUACGAAUUCAUUAAUGGGGCCUCCAUUUUAGAGUCUUUGAGAGACUUCCUCGCCCACGAAGAUCCCAAUGUACGUGCAAAGACUUGCAAUGCCCUUGGCAACAUGUGUCGGCAUAGCUCCUACUUUUAUAAUCUACUAGCAAGGCAUCGCAUUAUUGGCCUUCUCAUUGAUCGAUGUGCUGAUCCAGACAAGCGAACACGGAAAUUUGCAUGUUUUGCAAUUGGGAAUGCUGCCUACCAUAAUGAUAUGUUGUAUGAAGAACUGAGGAGAGCUAUACCUCAGUUAGCAAACCUUCUGCUUUCCGCAGAGGAAGACAAGACAAAGGCCAAUGCUGCAGGAGCACUCAGCAAUCUUGUCCGCAACUCCGGCAGGCUCUGCGAAGACAUUGUUUCAAAAGGAGCCUUGCAGGCUUUACUAAAGUUGGUAGCUGACUGUUCAAUGGUGGCCCUGAGCCCGAGUAGAAAAGAAGCUGUAAAUGAAUCGCCUUUGAAAAUUGCUCUUUUUUCAUUGGCAAAGAUGAGUUCAUAUCCACCCUGCAGACAGUUCCUGAAGUCAUCAGAGUUAUUCCCAGUGAUUGGACGGCUCCGGCAAUCCCCGGAAUCAACCAUUGCAAAUUAUGCUUCAGUUAUCAUUAGCAAAGUUUCUGAUGCCAAGGCCUGAAGGUAAAUGGUUGAAGUCUGCAAAUUUUAUCCGUCUAGCUGUUCUUCCACUAACUCAUGGGUGACAAAUGUGUGGUUCAGUUGACCCACAAGAACCAAGCAAAGCAAAAUGAUAUGUGAACACUUGUAUCCUCUGGGCAUUUCGGAAGUAUACCAUGAUGUCGAUAUCAUACCAUGCCCCAGUUCUUGUGCGUUACAAAUUUUCAUCUGCU